AUGCCGCCUGCUUACUCUGCCAUUAGCACUAGUGUGGUCAUUAUAUUGCUUCUUCUGAGCACUGUGGUAUCCAUUGCACUAGGAUGCAUUGCCUGGUCACGCAUUAACUCGCUAUUCCUCCCCUUCCCAACCUCACUAGGGGCAAUUUCCACAUUCUAUCCACUACUUCCAUUCCUUUCGGCUUUGAUAGCAAACGUACUCGCAUCUCGAUACCAGCGGGACCGUGGCGACUUGCCCAAAAACCGAAUCACGGGUUCAACGACAUCGGACGAGAAUAGAAGCCAUACUACGGCUACUACAUCUGUGACUGCGGUCAACGGCACUCUCCCACCGUCUCGAAGUUUACAAAUAUUGUUUUCAUCUGCGGUCAGCUCAGUCGUAAACUUCGUCAUUGACCAAUCGCUCACUCUCCUCCCCGUCGUAAUCGCCACCCUAAGCGCAACAUACGUUUCCCCGAGUGACAACAACUGCCAUCUCGAACAAGCUUGGCAGUCAUACUACCACAACAAAGACGUGAAUAGCAUCCGCACAAUACAAGAUCAAUUGCAGUGUUGUGGAUUGCGGAGUACGCGGGACAGAGCCUGGCCGUUCAAGGAUGCGAAUCAUGGAGCUAAUGCGUGUGAGAGCACGACAGGGUAUACGCAGAGUUGUCUGCAGCCCUGGAGCGAGCAGGAGAGAAGGGUUGCAGUUUUGGUGUUUGUGGUUGCUGUGUUAGGGUGGGGGAUCAAGAUGGGCACGACCAACUUCACAUCAGGACGCUUUUAUGCAUUCGCCAAUUCUAGGACUCGACGCAAUGCUUGGUUUGACGAGGCGAAUUCUAGAACCGAGCGGCAUGGUGAAUCUUCCGGUCCAAGAUUGCUUCCAUACACCGAUACCGUUUUUGAAACCGCCGAAUCAACCGAAGAAGCUGCGGAUGUGCAUGGACAGGACACUUCAAUAGGCGAAAGCCCUCUUCUGAAUCCUGAUGCUCGUGAUCUGAGCUGCCCAGACGGUAGAGAGCUCACAGGCGGCAGUCCGUGGGGAGGCAAUGUGUGA